UAGCAAAUAAAAAAAUCUUAUCGAACCGAUUCAUUUACCACACGAGAAAAAGUCACCCUCCGAGAAAAAUGUUCGCGUUCCGUGCUGCCUCGAAAGCCGAUAAGAAUUUGCUACCAUUCUUGGGGCAGUUGUCUCGCUGCUAUGCUGCUAAGGCUGCAAAGGCUGCGGCUGCCGCCAAUGGAAAGAUUGUGGCUGUAAUUGGUGCUGUCGUCGACGUGCAGUUUGAUGACAAUUUGCCGCCAAUUUUAAACGCAUUGGAAGUCGACAACCGGUCUCCUCGACUGGUGCUCGAGGUGGCACAACAUUUGGGAGAGAACACCGUUCGCACCAUUGCCAUGGAUGGUACUGAGGGCUUGGUCCGCGGGCAAAAGGUUCUUGAUACUGGGUACCCAAUUCGAAUUCCUGUCGGUGCUGAAACUCUGGGUCGCAUUAUCAAUGUUAUUGGUGAACCCAUCGAUGAGCGUGGACCAAUUGAUACAGAUAAAACCGCUGCCAUUCACGCUGAGGCUCCUGAAUUCGUUCAGAUGUCUGUUGAGCAGGAGAUUCUCGUCACUGGAAUCAAAGUAGUCGAUCUGCUGGCUCCCUAUGCCAAAGGCGGAAAAAUUGGUUUGUUUGGUGGUGCCGGGGUGGGCAAAACUGUGUUGAUCAUGGAGCUUAUAAACAACGUGGCAAAGGCUCACGGAGGAUAUUCUGUUUUUGCCGGUGUCGGCGAACGCACCCGAGAAGGAAACGAUUUGUACAAUGAGAUGAUCGAGGGAGGAGUCAUUUCCCUCAAGGAUAAAACAUCUAAGGUUGCUUUGGUCUACGGCCAGAUGAACGAGCCCCCAGGUGCUCGAGCUCGUGUUGCUCUCACUGGACUAACCGUUGCCGAGUACUUCCGCGAUCAAGAAGGACAGGAUGUAUUGCUGUUUAUUGAUAAUAUUUUCCGGUUCACUCAAGCUGGAUCAGAGGUGUCUGCUUUGUUGGGCCGAAUUCCCUCUGCCGUCGGUUACCAACCGACUUUGGCCACUGACAUGGGUUCUAUGCAAGAGCGUAUUACAACCACUAAAAAGGGAUCCAUUACAUCUGUCCAGGCCAUCUAUGUGCCCGCUGAUGACUUGACCGAUCCUGCUCCAGCCACUACAUUCGCUCACUUGGACGCUACCACUGUCCUGUCUCGUGCUAUUGCAGAACUUGGUAUUUACCCUGCUGUGGAUCCCCUCGAUUCCACUUCUCGAAUUAUGGACCCCAACAUCAUUGGGCAAGAACACUACAACGUUGCUCGUGGCGUGCAGAAAAUUCUACAAGAUUACAAAUCCCUUCAGGAUAUCAUUGCAAUUCUGGGCAUGGAUGAGUUGUCUGAAGAAGAUAAGCUCACAGUCGCACGCGCUCGCAAGAUUCAGCGUUUCUUGUCGCAGCCAUUCCAAGUUGCUGAAGUCUUUACUGGGCACGCUGGUAAACUCGUGCCGUUGGAACAAACCAUAAAGGGCUUUUCGGCGAUUCUGUCCGGUGACUACGAUCAUUUGCCUGAAGUAGCCUUCUACAUGGUCGGCCCUAUUGAAGAAGUUGUCGAGAAGGCUGACCGUCUGGCAAAGGAAGCUGCUUAAAAACUAAAUCUUCAAAUGCGUAUUACCAGCAAUAAAUAAUCGAUUGGAUUGUAAUAAACUUUGUAACAUUACAUUGGAAUUCAAUACACGUGAAGAACUCAAUAAAACUUAUUUAAAUAUCA